UGGGCGGGGCAGCGUCUGCCGCCCCGCAUCCAGCCCGGUGAAGCCGGAAGCGAGGACGCGGCCGUUUGGGAUGCGGGUGACGGUUGACUUCGAGGAAUGCCUGAAGGACUCGCCCCGCUUCCGGGCUGCCCUAGAAGAUGUGGAAGGAGACGUCUCGGAGCUGGAGGUGAAGCUGGACAAGCUGGUGAAGCUCUGCAUUGCCAUGAUUGAUACGGGGAAGGCCUUUUGUCUGGCAAACAAGCAGUUCAUCCACGGCCUCCGGGAUCUGGCCCAUUACUCGAGCAAGGAUGACCUGGUGGAGGGCAGCUUGACCAAGUUCUCCGACAGCCUCCAGGAGAUGAUCAAUUACCACACGAUCCUCUUCGACCAGACCCAGAGGUCCAUCAAAGCACAACUCCAGAUGUUCAUUAAAGAAGACAUUCGGAAGUUCAAGGAGGCCAAGAAGCAGUUUGAGAAAGUGAGCGAGGAGAAGGAGAACGCCCUGGCCAAGAACGCCCAGGCCCCCAGGAACAAGCAGCAUGAAGUCGAAGAGGCCACCAACAUCCUCACCGCCACCCGGAAAUGCUUCCGGCACAUCGCUCUGGACUACGUGCUGCAGAUCAACGUCCUUCAAUCCAAGAGGAGAUCGGAGAUCCUGAAAUCGAUGCUCUCCGUCAUGUGUGCUCACCUGGCCUUCUUCCACCAAGGCUACGAUCUGUUCAGUGAACUGGGGCCCUACAUGAAGGAGCUGGGUGCUCAGCUGGACCUCCUGGGUCUGGACGCGGCCAGGGAGAAGAAGGAGAUGGAGCAGAAGCAUUCCACCAUCCAGCAGAAGGACUUCUCCAGCGACGAGAUGAAGCUGGAGUACAACGUUGAUGCGGUGAACGGCAUUGUCAUGGAGGGCUACCUCUUCAAGCGAGCCAGUAACGCUUUCAAGACCUGGAACAGGCGCUGGUUCUCCAUCCAGAACAACCAGCUGGUCUACCAGAAGAAGUUCAGGGAUGCGCCCACCGUGGUGGUGGAAGACCUGCGCUUGUGCACAGUGAAGCCCUGUGAGGACCUAGAGAGGCGCUUCUGCUUCGAAGUGGUCUCCCCGACCAAGAGCUGCAUCCUGCAGGCUGAUUCGGAGAAGCUGCGUCAGGCGUGGAUCCAGGCUGUGCAGACCAGCAUCGCCAGUGCCUACAGGGAGAAGGGGGAGGAGGCCGAGGUGGAGAGGAAGCGGCCCCCCUCCACAGGGAGCCCCGAGUGCAGCCAGGAGUCUAGAGAGAAGUCGCUGAAGGGGGAAGGCUCCCUCCAGAGGGUCCAGGCCAUUGCCGGCAACGCGGCGUGCUGCGAUUGUGGCCAGGCGGACCCCCGCUGGGCCAGCAUCAACCUUGGCAUCACACUCUGCAUUGAGUGCUCGGGCAUUCACAGGAGCCUGGGCGUCCACUUCUCCAAGGUCCGGUCCUUGACGCUGGACUCGUGGGAGCCAGAGCUUUUGAAGCUGAUGUGUGAAUUGGGAAACAGUGUCAUAAACAGGGUGUAUGAAGCAAACAGAGAAAGAAUGGGAGCCAAGAAGCCCCAUCCUGGAAGCCAGAGGCAGGAGAAGGAGGAGUACAUCAGAGCCAAGUAUGUGGACCGCCGGUUUGUGUCCCCUGCUGACCCAGCCCUGACCCCCAGCCAAGAGGGAGUGAAGCAACGCAGCCCUGGAACCCCGGCCGCCCCCUCGAAAGUCCCUAGCGCUAGCAGCGACCAGGGCCCCCAGCCCGGCAAAGGGGAGAUCCAAGAGAUGUUGGCAGCCGUGGCCCCAGCUGGCAUCUUGCAUGAACCAGGGGGAGAAAGCCAGGGGGAGGCCGCCUCGGCUGCUGCUGCUGCUGCUUCCCAGGAUGCCAGGCUGCGGGUCGCAAGGCUGCAGCUGUACCAGGCGGCCUACCAGAAGAGCCUUCCCCGCAUGGCCGAAGCCCUGGCUCAGGGGGCAGGUGUCAACUGGAGCAACCAGGAGAAGAACGGCUUCACUCCGCUGAUCCAGGCGGUUCGUGGGGGCUCCCUGGUCACCUGUGAGUUCCUGCUCCAGAACGGGGCCAACGUGAACCUGAGAGACGCCCAGGGCCGAGGGCCGCUGCACCAUGCCACCCUUUUGGGGCACACCGGGCAGGUGUGCCUGUUCCUGAAAAGGGGGGCAAACCAGCAUGCCAGGGACGAGGACGGGAAGGACCCCUUGAGCGUCGCCAUAGAAGCCGCCAACGCCGAUAUCGUGACCCUGCUGCGCUUGGCCAGAAUGAACGAGGAGAUGCGGGAGUCGGAGGGCCUCUACGGCCAGCCAGGAGAUGAAACCUACCAGGACAUCUUUCGGGACUUCUCCCAGAUGGCCUCCAAUAAUCCAGAAAAGCUCAAGCGCUUCCAGCCACCGGACACACCAGAGCCCUGAAAGGCCCAAGGGCUGCAACGAAUGAGCCCUCCACCCCCCCCCAUGUAUCCUUAUUCCCCCCCUCCCCCUUUUUAUACAUAAACCUGCUUCG